GCGGCGGUUCGUUGGGCGGCGGACGGUUUCCUGGGACCGGUCUAAAGUCAAGGGGCCCAAAUCACCUGUCCACUGGCUCACACCCUUACCUGCCAUCCCUGAUCACAGCCAUUAUGCCUCGUGGUCAGAAGAGUAAGCUCCGUGCUCGUGAGAAACGCCGCCGUAACAGAGAUGAGGCCCGAGGUCUUAUGAGUGCUCAGGCCACCACAGCAGAGGAGGAAGAGACCACUCCUUCCUCCUCUCCUGUUUUUGGGGAUGCUCCCUCAGGCUCCCCUGUUCCUGGCACUUCCCAGGAGCCCCAGGAAGGUGUGGCCACCACCAGUGCUGCUGCAGGUGUUUCACGCCCGAGAUCUAAUGUAGGUGCCAAAAGCCAGGUUGAGGAAAAUAAAAAUUCCUCUCAGGCCUCAACUUCUACUGAGAGUGCUAGCAAAGAUCCUCUAACCAGGAGGGUGGGGAUGUUGAUGCAGUUCCUGCUGUAUAAGUAUAAAUUGAAGGAGCCCAUUAAAAAGGCAGACAUGCUGAAGAUCAUCAACAAAAGGUACAGGGAGCACUUCCCCGAGAUCCUCCGGAAAGCCUCCGAGCGCAUGGAGCUGGUCUUUGGCCUACAAUUGAAGGAAGUCAAGCCAGGCGGUCACUCCUAUACCCUCGUCAGCAGCCUAGACCUCACCAGUGAUGGCAAUGUGAGCAGCGCCUGGGGCUUUCCUAAGAAUGGGCUUCUCAUGCCUCUCCUCGGUGUGAUCUUCUUGAGUGGCAACCGCGCCUCUGAGGAAGAUAUCUGGGAAUUCCUGAAUAUUUUGGGUAUCUAUGAUGGAAGGAGGCACUUCAUCUUUGGGGAGCCCAGGAAGCUCAUCACCCAAGAUUUGGUGCAGGAAAAGUACCUGGAAUACCGCCAGGUGGCCAACAGUGAUCCUCCACGCUACGAGUUCCUGUGGGGCCCCAGGGCCCACGCUGAGACCAGCAAGAUGAAAGUCCUAGAGUUUCUGGCCAAGAUCCAUGAUACCGUCCCCAGUGCCUUCCCGCCGCAUUAUGAAGAGGCUCUGCGAGAUGAGGAAGAGCGAGCCCGAGCCGCAGCUGGGGCUGCCUCUACUACCAAGGCCGGUGCACGUUCCCGGGCCAAGUCCAGCCGCUCCUCUCGUCCCUAG